AGUGUGAGUCAGGGCUGUGGAAAGCAGAGCCGCGCACAGAAGCAGCUGCUGCACAGACACAUUUCUCUCGCACAAGCGUCAACAGUGCAGAGGAGCAGGAUGGGAAGGCUGGGCUGCUGAGCAAGAAGAGGAAGUCAGACUGUCACACAGAAAACACGUUGGUAGACCAAGAGCUUCCUCUAAUUUGCAGUUUAAGGCUUGUUUUAAACUUUUAGAGGAUCUCAGAGUGGACUCAUCCAGUGGAAAGACAAGUUUGCAAUUCUUCCCUUUGACGUGGAGUUGGAAGUGCUGCACAGAUGUCCUGGUUGUCUCCUGUCCAGUGGGCCAAGUGGACGUGGUCAGCAGUGACUGGAGGUGCAGGAGACGAUGGACAACAUACAGGAAGGGAUGACAAAGAGGACAAUUCGGACUCUGAAGGGACCUUUGAGACUCCAGAAUCGGAGUCCCCAGUUGUUGUGAAGCUACUGGGCCAGCUGGACAACUCCAGUAAUGCAGCUCCUACUGAAGAUUGCAGCCAGGAAGCCCCCUGUGCUCCAACCCAGCAGGUUGACUCUCUGAACAACUUGACCAGCUCCACACCCAACAGCUUUGGUUUGGAUCAAAACCUCAAUUUAACCCCAGACUCCAAGGCUUCUCCUGGACAAGGCCUCCCUCCUUCCAAACACCUUCCCCAGGCUGCAUCUCUCCGACCACCAUCACUUCCCGUAUUUUCCUCCCUGAACAAACCUGAUCCCUCAGAGGUGGACGACGAAGCACCACCGACUACAGACCUGAACGCCGUAACGCUCAGUCGUGAUGAUUGUCUGGAUUCUGAUUUGCUGAAUGGCAACGUGACAUCAGACGCUGUGUUAUCGAACACUAAACUAGCCUGUGAGAGCAGUAACUCAAUCAUCAAGAACUCUUGCAAACUAAAUCAAAAUCAACAGAAGGAUUUAAAUGGACCGGAUGAUCACCAUGGGGGCCACGCUACAGAUGAGGAGAAACUGGCAGGGACUGUUGGGGGAAAAUCAGAAAAGGAGCAAAACGUCCAGGAAUGCAAAUCGACCUCCCAACCAGAGGAGUCAGACUGCUGCUCUGCUUAUGAAGAAACGAGUAAACUGAAGAGCUUAACAGAAGGAAGUGAGGUGCAGAAAACAGGAAGUCAGGUGCUGGAUUCCAUCUGCAUCACUGAGGCAGAAAAACAGGCCGUUCUCACUCUUAUCAGAGAGGAGAUCAUCGCUAAGGAGGCUGAAACUCAAGAUUGGAAGAAAAAGUAUGAGCAGUGCAAACAAGAAGUGGAUGAAAUGAGGAAAAUAGUUGCAGAAUAUGAGAAGACGAUUGCGCAGAUGAUUGAGGACGAACAGCGCAACAACGUAAACUUUCAGAAGGCAUUGCAUGCAGUGACAGUGGAGAAAGACGCCGCCCUGGCAGACCUGAACUCUGUGGAGCGCUCGCUGUCGGACAUCUUUCGCCGCUAUGAAAACAUGAAAAGCACCCUUGAGGGCUUUAAAAAGAAUGAAGAAGUCCUGAAGAAAUGUGCUCAGGACUACCUGGCCCGAGUCAAGCAGGAAGAGCAGAGAUAUCAGACACUAAAGCUGCACGCAGAGGAGAAGCUAGACAAGGCUAAUGAGGAGAUUGCUCAGGUGCGCACCAAGGCAAGCUCAGAGACGAUGGCACUGUCUGCCAGCCUGAGGAAAGAGCAAAUGAGGAAUGAGUCUCUGGAACAAGCACUGCAACAGAAGAAUCAAGAAAUCGAGGAGCUUACAAAGAUCUGUGAUGAGCUGAUUGCCAAAAUGGGAAAAAUAGACUAGAAGUUGCUUGAUAGUGAUCUGUCUGGAUCCCUGCAGUUGCUGUGCAUGCCUCCAACCCAGAAGCAGCUUUUGUACUGUGCCCUGUGCCUGUCCUGCUCCUCAGAGAUUCCCAUGUACAGAGAUCUGAAAUAUACCACAUGAUCUAACAUUUGCACUACUUGUCACUGGAACCUUUGAGGCUCUUUGCAUAUUAAUCACAUGAGAUCACUUUGUCUGCAAUUUGCACCUUUUAUAAGAGUGUCUAGGGCUCCUGUGCUUUUCUCCAUCAUGUCAAUGAACAACAGCUCUAAUGAUAUUCUUAUAACAUCAAAUAAAUUGAAGCUAGUCUGGCUCUUGUGAUUAAAUUAGCUUUUGAAAAAGAUUUAAUAUGAAAGGGUCGUGAUUGAAAUAUGUAUUUAUACCAAAUUCACAUUAUCCUUUACCGAUUUCCUCAUGCCGAGGUAAAGGAACUUCAGUGCCCUUCAGACAUCUGGACUAUCUGCCUAAAUUGACAGACCAAGCAAAGCACUGAUUAGACUAGCAGCCAAGAGUACCACAGUCGCUCUGGUGGAGCUGCAAAGGUCCACAGCUUAUGGACCUCUAUUUUUUCAUGCACUCUGUAGAUUUCCUUCUUGCAUGUACUGAUAUAAGAAGAAAUUCUGUCCCCUUUACAGGUUGCUGAAAAAGAAAUGUGAUUGGCCUAAAUGUAGUUUUGUGUGGGGAGGAAAACUUGCAGCCUUCCACUCUGUCCUUAUGAGUGAUGCAUGGUGUUGAAAGCAAUAUCCUCCUAUCACACAUUUCUUCAUCCAGCUGUAAUGCACAAGGGCACAAAAUAAGCCUCUUUAAGAAAAAAAAGUUUCAACAAUGCACCCCUUCCUAUAAAGGUGAGCAUUUUUGUGAAACUCUUCAGUGAAAUCCGGAAACUAAACCCCAACUGUUUAACCUUUUUUUUUUUUUUUUUUUUUUUUUUGUAGAAAUACUAAAUAACUGAGCUGUAUUUGGAAUGAAGAAGGUAAUUUACAAUUUGAAGAAGCUGCUGUUUAAUUAUCUCUCUUAUUACAUUCUGCUUCUAAUAAAACCUUGAUAAAUAACCCGGUGGCUUAGUGAGAGCUUUCAUCUGCAGCUCAUGUGUAAUUGUCUAAAUCCUUACAAGGUUGUUUUCAACUUCAUUUUCACCGUUUUGCCAUUUUACUUAAUUUUUUUCAGAGGUGGUUUCUUAACGCACCAACAAGCACAAUGUGUUCAGCAUAUGGCUGUAAUCAUAAACUAUUAACUCAGUUUAUUGUUAGUUAUUACAAUAUUAGAUUAAGUUUACAACUUGUGCCAAUAUUAAGUGUGUUGAGUUUUUGUAUUUUUCUGCAUUAGAAGUUUUCUGUCAAGAAAAGCAUUGAACAUGACCUGCUUUUCCUUCUGUUGUAAUGCAGGAUAAAAUGCCUGAAAUCUUGGUUAAAGAGGAAGAGUGAGCAUUGGA